GAGGUUGCGUAGCAACGUGUGUUGCUCCCUAGCCCGGGCUGCGGCGGCGGAGGACUGGCGAUGCCCAAGAACUCGGUGGUCAUCCUGCGCUACGGGCCCUACAGCGCGGCGGGCCUGUCAGUGGAGCACCACACCUUCCGCCUGCAGGGCCUGCAAGCUGUGUUGGCCAAAGAUGGACACAAGGUCAUACUAGAGAAGAUAGAAGACUGGAAUGUAGUGGAACUCAUGGUCAAUGAAGACGUUGUCUUCCACUGCGACAUUAAGGACCUGGAGUUCGGAGGUGACGGUACACUAGACCCACUAUGCGAAAAGGCUCGGAUAGCUGUGCUGAACGCCUACUGAUCUCCUCGUGGGACAAGUAUCUUAAAUUGGCGGAACAGCAGCUGCCCCAGCCAUUCUAUGAUGUAGGCAGAAGUGGCUGUGCCGGGGUGUGGACACUGGGCUCUACUAGUGAGAACAGGGUAACUCCGGCCUCACUUCCAGCCUACACAGCCUCAGGGUUCUCACCUGGCUGCACAGCAGUCCACAGAAAUAAUAAAAACCACAUCAUUUGUAGCAUCUCUCAAUCUCAACCCAUUGGGAGAGCCCUCCAAUAUCAGAUACACAUUGAGCUGAAGGAAAUCAUAAAAUGCAAUCAAAUAACAAG